AGUGCAUCAUCGCGGAAGCCUUCCAACAGCCAGUCAGGCAUCCAACAGACACGCGGUUGCGACCCUGACGACGAGCAGGAGACGGCGCCCUUCGUUUCGUCGCUGCAUUUGAGCGUUCUUUUCGUCGUUUUCUUUCCCUUCUCCGUAGUUUCCCUCGAACCCUUUUCCUUCGUUCGCCGCGUCUUCGUCUCCAGCAUCGCAGAAUCGCGGAAUCGCAGCCUUGGCGCAUGAGCCGCGGAAUCGCAGCCUCAGCGCAUGAGCCGUCCCUUGAGCCACCAACCUAACCCUCCACCCCCUUGACUCACGAUGGCCGCCUCUACUGAGUCUCGCGAGCUGGAGCUAGUGGAAAAGGUUGACUUUCGGAUUCUGGCCGUGGCAAACAACGUCGUAAAGCUGCAGCCGCUCCUCAACACCUACCUCCCCCCCCUUCUCCUGAAAGCCGGAAGUGAGCAUGCUUCUGUGCGUGAUAAGGUCACCCAGAUAUGCCAGAGACUUAAGACGUUUAUCCAGGCGCCGGGGAUCGUGUUGCCAGUGGCCGCCUUGCUCGCCCAGUACAAGACAAGCCACGCAGCUCUCGUCAAGUACUUUGACCUAGUCUUUGUCCUGCAUAGUCUCGCUAGACUGGGCGUCGAGGAUCGCCGCCCCCUGAUUCCCGUCGUGCUCCGCGGUAUUUCUGCCGGCUCUGACCCCUCCGCCGUCUCUGGCACCUCCGCCGUCUCUGGCACCUCCGCCGCCACUCUCCCAACCCUCUUCAACGUCUUCCUUCGCCUACUGCCGGACCUGAAGCUGCCCUCGCGUGGAAGCCAGGAAGAUGCCACCUUCCGCAAAGACAUUGGGCUCGAGGACCCCAAGGACGCCGAAUUCGUCGCCGAGCACCUCGGGAAGCUCCUGCUGUUCCGCCUGAACAAGACGCCCCUCGCCGAGCUGCCCGGGCUGACAGAAGACGACAUCCACUUCCUGACUCUCGGAAAGCUAGAAACUUGGAACCCGCCCGGCGGGCUUAGUCUACCCCUGACGCGCAUCAAGGUCACCGGCUUCCUGGCAAGCGGCGCUUUCACCGACGAGGAGCGCUUCAUGCCUGCGGUCUAUGCCGCCGCCGCCCCUGACUCGCGAGUCUCGGGCCCUGGCGACGACAUGCUCAAGAGAUGCGUUGUCUCCCUCGAGAACGUAGACUUGGUCAACAAGCUGUUCCGGGCACACUCGGAGCUGCCGCCACCCUAUCGCAUCCGCAUCCUGGCUCUCCUGACAAAGUCUCAGGUCUCGACCACGCUCCCCCAGGUCUUGGACGUGUUCGAAGACGACGUCAACAAGCAGCGGGCUACCCCGACAUGGCACGGCGAGCAGCACGCGCCCGUGGCCCAGGCCCUGAAAGCUACGUCGGGGCUUGAGCUGACCAAACUUCACGGGGCCCUCUUUGAGUACAUCAACUGGGUUGGCCGCAUUGGCCCUUCCCAGCCCGGCUACGGCCCCAUCGGCGCACAGCUGGUCUACAAGCUGCAAGAAUUCAUAAACAACCAAGGCUUCCCGGUUGGCGAGGGUCUGUCCCGGGACGACAUCUCUCUCCGGGAGAGAGCUUACGAGACCAUGGGGGUUGUCGGAAGAAGAUCCGAGCUGAAGCCCUCCGAGUUUCUGGCCAUAAUAUGGUUUUUCUUGAUGGGCCUUUCGAAGGAUCCUGCCCCUGAGGUUGUCGUCGGCAUUGACAGCGCGCUCUCGUCUCUCGUCUCCGUCUUCAAACCCGGCCACGGCCUCGACCAUCUACUCGGCUCUCUUCUUGAGGGGUUCAUGCUACAGCAGAUAAGCGGCCCCGUUGUCCGCAGCGCCCGACACGCAGUUACCAAGUACGCGAACGAGUGUCUCCCGCUGUCCGACAUCACGGCUAGGUGGAUCGACAUCGUGGCCAUCGCCGGCUACGAGGGCGAGCGCAGCGAUGUGGUCGAGGAGGGACAGAGAGGCUUGGAUCCGUGGACAUACCACGCACACACGGACGCGUCGUCGGCGGCACUGCCCGACUGGCGUGCCAUGACCCACGCCUACUUCGGGGACCUGAGGCCGCCUAUACAGCCAGAGACCUGGAUCGGCAACCUGGUAAACGAAGUACCGCAACCAACAAGGGACGUCGACAUGGACGCACGGUCGCUACCCCAGUUCCCAAACUUUGCGCCCCUUUCGCCCCGAGCGUUCCCCAUCGCCAUAGACUACGUCAAGCGCAUCAUGUUCCUGACGGCCCUGAAAGACUUCAAGCUUGAGACGGGCUGGGAGCGUCGGCUCGAGACGUUGGCACAGUCGGACCUUGCUACUAGGCACGCGAUUCGUGGUUACCUUGGGUCUACAACGGAAUCCGCCAACGACUCGCAGCGGCUUACCGAUCUCAUAGACAUUGCCUUCCAGGGCAUGGUUAAAGAGCGCAAUACGGAUGCUGCUCGACAACAGUGCGCCCACUCCUUUGUCGAUAUCGCAUCCUUCAGCCCGUGGCUCAAUCUUAAGUGGCACUGGUUACGGGCUGGUGAGCUCUUGUUCCUAGUCAAAUCGAACAAGAAAGAAGUCAGAGUUGUCGGCGCAAAGGCCUUUGGAAUUCUCGCCGGCCAUCGGAGAAACGACGCCGCCUCCGUUGCCAGGUACACGUCAACCCUGGUCCAGAUCAUCGAUACGCGGGAGACGGCAGUCGGCUCCGAGCUCAAUGCCGUUGAGGGGGCCUUCCUCGCCCUCGCCCACAUGCUCUCGAGACACGUCUACGCUCGCACCGACGACUCGUAUGUCUACGACACUACCGAUUUGUCCCGCAAGUUCCCGACUCUCGACAAGGUUUCCUCGUCGCCCCUGUCUACUCAGGAGGCGCUGUUUGACGCGUAUUCGCAGCUUUGGACCGCCGGUAUUGGUCUCGUACCCGGAGCAGACCAGGGGGCGACGGCCGAAUACAUGUCCAAGUCCUUUAUCGACCCCCUGUUUGUUCAGGCGCAGAAGGGCAACGAGAAGGCCACGCAUGCCCUGGGCCGGCUGGCCAUUUCCCUCCCGCCCGCCGCAGCGACAGAGCCCGACGCCGGUGGGAACAGCAUUCUCCAGGUCAUCCUGGACAAGCUCUAUUCUCUCUACGAGAUCAAACAAGCAGACUCGCACUUCACGGUCGGAGAGGCCCUUGCGGCGGCGGUUGCCUGCUGGGAUGCCGAAGUCGUCCAGCUUGCCGUCGACGUCGAGUCCGGAAACGACUCAUACCUGACGCCCAAGCGCUCUGGCCACGUGACGGCGGUUCUAGAGAAGCUGCUGACCGACUGCAAGUCUGCAAGGCCGUCUCUGCUCAAGGCAUCGGGGAUCUGGCUGUUCUGCUUUAUCCAGCACUGCUCGCACCUACCAGAGGUGCAGGCGCGGCUGAGAGAGUGCCAGGUCGCCUUCGUGAGGCUGCUCAGCGCGCGGGACGAGCUGGUCCAGGAGACGGCCUCGCGAGGCCUAGCCCUCGUCUACGAGAAGGGCGACGAGCGGCUCAAGGGCGAGCUCGUUCGGGAUCUCGUCUCGGCCUUUACCGGAUCUGGUCCGCAACUGAAGGUGAAGGUGGACCAGGACACGGAGCUGUUUGAGGCCGGCGCCCUGCCGACCGGGGAGGGCAAGUCGGUCAUGUCGUACAAGGACAUCAUGAGCCUGGCCAACGAAGUCGGCGACCAGAGCCUCGUGUACAAGUUCAUGUCGCUGGCCACCAACGCGGCGACGUGGUCGACGCGGUCGGCGUUUGGGCGGUUCGGGCUGAGCAGCAUCCUCUCCGAGUCCGAGGUCGACCCCAAGCUGUACCCCAAGCUGUACCGGUACCGCUUCGACCCGAACCAGAACGUGCAGAAGUCGAUGAACGACAUCUGGAAGGCCCUGGUGAAGAACUCGGGCGCGGUGCUGGAGGAGCAUUUCGACGCCAUCAUGGAUGACCUGCUCAAGAGCAUCCUCGGAAAGGAGUGGCGGGUCCGAGAGGCCAGCUGCGCCGCCGUCGCCGACCUGAUCAGCGGGCGGCCCUUUGGGAAAUACGAGGCGUACUACGCCAGGAUCUGGGCGGCCGCGCUCAAGGUGCUCGACGACGUCAAGACGACGGUCAGGAACGCCGCCCUCAAUCUCUGCAUCUCGCUGUCGACAACCCUGGUUCGACAGCUCGAGGAGUCUAGCACCACGGCCUCAGCCAAGGCCAUGAUGGACGAGGCGCUGCCGUUUCUGCUGUCGGACAAGGGCAUCGAGAGCAGCGUCGAGGACGUCAAGCUCUUCUCGACCAUGACCAUCACCAAGAUCGCCAAGAGCGGCGGCAAGUCACUGAGGCCCUACAUCCCCGUCAUGGUGCCGCACCUGCUGGGUCUCCUCAGCACCAUCGAGCCCGAGGGCAUUAAUUAUUACUACCAGCGCGUGGCUGAAGACAAGCGGGACCAGAUCGACAAGCUGCGCAGCGCCAUGGUGUCGCAGAGCCCCAUCGCCGAGGCCAUCGAGGACUGCCUGCGCAGCGUCGACGCCGACGUCAUGGCCAAGCUGUGUCCCGGGCUCGAGGAGACGGUCAAGACGGCGAUAGGCAUGCCCAGCAAGAUCGGGUGCAGCCGCGUGCUCACGACGCUAGCCAUCCGGCACGGGGCCGACUUCGCGCCCUACUCGUCGCGGUUCCUGCAACAGAUGCUGAAGCACAUGCUCGACAAGAACGACGAGGUCAGCAAGGCGUACGCGCGCGCCACGGCCUACAUCAUCCGCGUGGUGCCACCCGAGGGAACCCGGUUCCCGCCACAGAUCAUCAAGCUCUACUUUGGCGCAGAGGGCGAGGCGCAGCGACAAAAGGUGGCCGAUGCCGUGCUGGCGCUGUCCAAGAUCUCGCCGGACCAUUUCAGCGCCCUGGAGAACGAGCUGCUGCCGCUGGCAUAUGUGGCCAAGCACGACACGGACGGGUACGUGCAGAAGGAGUUUGAAGAGGUGUGGAACAAGCACGCCGGCGGCGUCUUCACCGUGCACCGCUACACGGCCGAGAUAGUCGAGCUGCUGCUCGAGGCGCUCGGCUCGCCCCAGUGGGCCCUCAAGCACGCCGGCGCCCUCGCCACGGGCUCGUUUGCCGCCGCCGUCAGCAGCGGCAAGACGGUGUCGGGCGCGUCGGCCGUCGCUGUCCUCGAGACCAUCUGGCCCGUCUACGACCGGGCACUGGCGCUCAAGACCUUCCCCGACAAGGAGAAGCUGCUCGAGCCGUUCCCCGACUUUCUGAAGAAGGGGGCGGCGCUGGGCGACCAGCUGAAGAAGGGGGCGGCGCUGGGCGACCAGCUGAAGAAGGUGGCCUUGCGCGAGGCCAAGCGCAACAACGACGAGUACCGCCCGCACGCGUUCCGCUGCCUGUGGAAGUUCGCCGCCGCCCGCGACGACCUGGACAUGUUGCUGUCCGACAUCGCGCCCCUCGUGCGCCCCUACAUGGACGUCUCGGAGGACCCGGACGCCAUGGACGUCGACAGACCGACCAAGAAGACCAAGCUGUCCGGCGGGGGUGGCGGAGGCAGCAGCAGCAGCAACCUCAAGACGGAGACGGCCUGGGCGGCCAUCGAAGCCGCCGCGCGCGGCUACAACCGUGCCAAGAUGGCCGCGGACCCGUUCGCUGCGCUCGCCGACGUCGUGGCGGCCGUCGACGGCAAGAAGCCCGGCGAGAUCGGGGCCGGGGCCGCCGGGGCCCCGUUCAUCGCCGGGCCGGAGCUCGACGCCAUCCGCCCCGCGUUCUGGUACGAGUGCGCGGCCGAAAUCUUUGACGACGCCGCCAAGGGCGCUGCUGCUGCUGUCGCUGUCGCUGCCGAGGGGCAGCAGCAGCGGCGGGAAAUCCUCGCGUGGUUCUUCGCCACGCUCGACCUGCCCCGCGCCGACACGGGCACUGAGCACCAGCGCCUGGCCCGUGCCAAGGCCGUCCUCGCCGUGGCCGGGCUGGGGCUGGGGCUCGGCGUCAGUGGAGGCCUGGGGCAGGUCCGGGUUGGCGAGCAGGAGACGGUCGCGGAUUGCGUCGCCCGGGUCUCGGACCCCAGCGUCGAGCGGUCGGCCGACGUGCUGCGCGUCUGGAAGGACUGCGCGGCUAAGCUGCUGCUCUGAUGCUGGGGGCCGAGACCUGGGGGUGGGCCGGGAAAAUCAGGACGGGAAGGCGAGCGGAGCGGGGUGUUUGGCGUUUUUCUUUUCCUUUUUUCUUUUAUUUUCUUUUACCUCUUGAAGGAAAAUGUAUUCAUAGUGUCUGCACUUAUCCCCCUUGGGGGUUAAUGAAGAGGCUUUGGAUUUAAUGGGUGAUGCGUGUUGUGCUGUGCUGUUUGGCGUCGCGCCUUUUUGAUAAGGGGUCUUGAUGGUUGUGUACAUGUGUUUAUAUGCUUGUACUAUGUAUGCGUAUAUGUUUUUGUGUAUCGGUGUUUAUAGCGUAGUUCUAGACGCCUGUACAUGUGUUUAUAUGCCGUACUACGUAUGCGUAUAUGUCUUUGGGUAUCGGUGUUUAUGGCGUAGUUCUAGACGCCGCCCCCGCAACCAGUU